AUGCUGCUGCUGGCAGCGCUUGUCUCCACAGCAGCUUGGUCUUGUGGAUUUGCACAAGAAAUUCCCGUGCAGAGACCACUCUCUCUCACCAAGUCUAAAGGAAGUGUGCGUGUGGAAUGUCGCUUUAAUGACAUCUCUGGAGAUUUUGAUGGCGCCACCAUACACUGGUAUCAACAGAAGGCGAAUAAAGCUCCAGAGAGGAUUCUCUACUUAGCAGGGACAAAAGUAGUAGAUGAGGGCUUCCAAGAACGCAGGUACAGGGUUGAAAAAUUUUCUAGCCAGAAACUGUGUAUUCUUACAAUAAACGAUGUCACUCCAGACGACACCGCUACCUACUAUUGCGCCUACUGCAAGGUGUUUGGCUCCGGUACAAAACUCAUUGUGUCAGACAAAGGACAGUCUCAACCGUCAAACUUUGAAAUCCUGCAGAAGAAACAUAAAAAUCAGAUGAUGUAUGUUUGCCUUAUUGAGAAAUUCUACCCAGAAGUUAUUCGGGUGACGUGGACCAAAGGAGAAAAUCAGAAGGUAACAGAGAACGUAGUAAAAGGAGAGGCCUGGAGACCCACAGAAGAGGAUAAAUACUCAAUCAGCAGCUGGUUAACUGUACCAGAGGAGAACAAAGACAAGAAAUAUUUCUGCAAUUACGAGCAUGAAAGCGGAAAGGGUUCACGGGCAAACGAAGAUUCUUCUCAGAAAGAGGAAUGCAUCCCAUAUCCUGGAAACAGCACGGUGGUUUUUAAUAGAGAUCACUUGUAUCACAGGACAGCGUAUUUAGUGUACAUCGUCCUUCUUCUGAAGAGCUCCAUGUAUUAUCUCAUCGUACUCUUCUUCAUCUACAGAGCGUGGGCUCCAACCAAGCACCAAAGAAAGAAAGCAUAAGUGCUAGUCUAGGAAAGGCUCACAGAAUUGUCUUCAAUUUGCUUUGCUGUAUACUUAUCCAUAUAGACUUCCCUGCUCUUAGUGUUAGAUGUAACAACAACAACAAAAAAAUCCCCAAAAUAAUUUCCAGGCAUUAGUGCAUAGGGCUUGUUUUGCUUUUACUGCUAGUGUUUUUAUAUCAGUCUGGUUUUCCUAAUUUUUCUGAGUGUUGAACUGAGGUGGUCAAUAGCAGUAAGGUCAGAUACCUCAGAUUUUAAUCCAAAGUUUGUACUGCAAAAUGAGGAUGGUACUCAUGUUAGAAGUUUAGAGGUGUACCGAGGCUUUUGAGAUAUUAACCACAGAUGUGUUCUGUCAUUGCGCUUAAGACUUAAUUAGGAACAUUCCUGUGCUAUAAAUUCACAGGUAUUUGUUCAUUUUUGCUUUCAGUCAUUUAUUGCAACUCUCACGUAUCCACCAAAUCAGGGCUUAAAUAUUUUGAAGUGACAUGUGCUUUAAGAGUCAAUUACACACAAUUUUUAAAAGUGAACAUAGUAUUUUUGAAUGAAGAAGUUAGAUGAGCAUAAAAGCAACUCUCACUGUAUCUGUCAUGAUGUAGAGGGCAAUAAAAGUUUUC